GGCGCCCAACGAUGACCGCUCCCUGGCGGCGCCUCCGGAGACUGGUUUGGGAAUACUGGGCCGGGCUCCUCGUGUGCGCCUUCUGGAUCCCGGACUCGCGCGGGAUGCCCCACGUCAUCCGGAUCGGAGGGAUCUUUGAGUAUGCAGAUGGCCCCAACGCCCAGGUCAUGAAUGCCGAGGAGCAUGCCUUUCGAUUUUCUGCCAACAUCAUCAACAGGAACAGAACUCUGCUGCCCAACACAACCUUGACCUAUGACAUCCAGAGGAUUCACUUCCAUGAUAGCUUCGAAGCCACUAAGAAGGCCUGCGACCAGCUGGCACUGGGCGUGGUGGCGAUCUUCGGGCCAUCACAGGGCUCCUGCACCAACGCCGUCCAGUCCAUCUGCAACGCCCUGGAGGUGCCCCACAUCCAGCUCCGCUGGAAGCACCACCCACUGGACAACAAAGACACCUUCUACGUGAACCUCUACCCCGACUACGCCUCUCUCAGCCACGCCAUCCUCGACCUGGUUCAGCACCUCAAGUGGCGGUCGGCCACCGUGGUCUACGAUGACAGCACAGGGCUCAUCCGACUGCAGGAGCUCAUCAUGGCCCCAUCAAGAUACAACAUCCGCCUGAAGAUCCGCCAGCUGCCCCUGGACUCUGAUGACUCGCGCCCCCUGCUCAAGGAGAUGAAGCGAGGCCGGGAGUUCCGCAUCAUCUUCGACUGCAGCCACACCAUGGCCGCCCAGAUCCUCAGGCAGGCCAUGGCCAUGGGCAUGAUGACCGAGUACUACCACUUCAUAUUCACCACGCUGGAUCUUUAUGCGUUAGACCUGGAACCCUACCGCUAUUCGGGGGUGAACCUGACAGGGUUCCGGAUCCUCAACGUGGACAACCCCCACGUCUCGGCCAUCGUGGAGAAGUGGUCCAUGGAGCGGCUGCAGGCAGCUCCCCGGGCCGAGUCCGGUCUGCUGGACGGAGUGAUGAUGACCGACGCCGCCUUACUGUAUGACGCUGUCCACAUCGUGUCCGUGUGCUACCAGCGGGCACCCCAGAUGACCGUGAACUCCCUGCAAUGCCACCGGCACAAGGCUUGGCGCUUUGGCGGCCGCUUCAUGAAUUUCAUCAAGGAGGCUCAAUGGGAAGGAUUAACUGGACGGAUUGUUUUCAACAAAACCAGUGGCUUACGGACCGAUUUCGAUCUGGACAUCAUCAGUCUGAAGGAGGAUGGCCUGGAGAAGGUCGGGGUAUGGAGUCCUGCCGAGGGGCUCAACAUCACAGAGGUCGCCAAAGGCCGAGGCCCUAACGUCACCGACUCUCUGACAAAUAGGUCGCUCAUCGUCACCACAGUGCUGGAGGAGCCCUUUGUCAUGUUCCGGAAGUCCGACAGGACCCUGUUUGGGAAUGACCGGUUCGAGGGCUACUGCAUCGACCUGCUCAAGGAGCUGGCCCACAUCCUGGGCUUCUCCUACGAGAUCCGGCUGGUGGAGGACGGCAAGUACGGGGCGCAGGACGACAAGGGCCAGUGGAACGGCAUGAUCAAGGAGCUCAUCGACCACAAGGCGGACCUGGCCGUGGCCCCACUGACCAUCACCCAUGUCCGCGAGAAGGCCAUUGACUUCUCCAAGCCCUUCAUGACGCUUGGUGUCAGCAUCCUCUAUCGCAAGCCCAAUGGCACCAACCCCAGCGUCUUCUCCUUCCUCAACCCCCUGUCCCCAGACAUCUGGAUGUACGUGCUGCUCGCCUACCUGGGUGUCAGCUGUGUCCUCUUUGUCAUCGCCAGGUUCAGCCCUUAUGAGUGGUACGACGCUCACCCCUGCAAUCCUGGCUCCGAGGUGGUGGAAAACAACUUCACUCUGCUGAACAGCUUCUGGUUCGGAAUGGGGUCCCUGAUGCAACAAGGGUCUGAACUGAUGCCCAAAGCCCUGUCCACACGCAUCAUCGGUGGCAUCUGGUGGUUCUUCACGCUCAUCAUCAUCUCCUCCUACACGGCCAACCUCGCCGCCUUCCUGACCGUGGAGCGCAUGGAGUCGCCCAUCGACUCUGCCGACGACCUGGCCAAGCAAACCAAAAUCGAGUACGGGGCUGUCAAGGAUGGGGCCACCAUGACCUUCUUCAAGAAAUCCAAGAUCUCCACCUUCGAGAAGAUGUGGGCCUUCAUGAGCAGCAAGCCCUCGGCACUGGUGAAGAACAACGAGGAGGGCAUCCAGAGGGCGCUGACGGCCGACUACGCGCUGCUCAUGGAGUCCACCACCAUCGAGUACGUCACCCAGAGGAACUGCAACCUCACCCAGAUCGGGGGCCUCAUCGACUCCAAGGGCUAUGGCAUCGGCACGCCCAUGGGCUCCCCGUACCGGGACAAGAUCACCAUCGCCAUCCUGCAGCUGCAGGAGGAGGACAAGCUGCACAUCAUGAAGGAGAAGUGGUGGCGGGGCAGCGGGUGUCCCGAGGAGGAGAACAAAGAGGCCAGCGCCCUGGGGAUCCAGAAGAUCGGGGGCAUCUUCAUCGUCCUGGCCGCCGGGCUGGUGCUGUCGGUGCUGGUGGCCGUGGGCGAGUUUGUGUAUAAGCUUCGCAAGACAGCGGAGCGGGAGCAGCGUUCCUUCUGCAGCACCGUGGCCGAUGAGAUCCGUUUCUCCCUCACCUGCCAGCGUCGAGUCAAGCACAAGCCACAGCCUCCCAUGAUGGUCAAGACUGACGCUGUCAUCAACAUGCACACGUUCAAUGACCGCCGGCUUCCGGGCAAGGACAGCAUGACCUGCAGCACAUCACUGGCCCCCGUGUUCCCCUAAGCACUGGUAGGGUGGGGACCGCAGGCCUGGGGGCAGGGCGGAGGAAAGCAAAGGAGGCUGGAAGGAGCGUCCCCUGUCCACACACUAGGCUUGGGGACCAGAGCUGCUGCCUGCCUCUUGGGCCGGGGGCCUCUGCCCUUACCUACCGGGAAACCAGCAGACUCCCAGGUCAGCUGCUUGGGCUUCACUUUCUUCUCGUCCCUUCUAUGGGUUCCUAAAGCUGCCAGCCGAGACAGCCAAGGCCAAAGGAAGCACAUGCCUCUCUCAGGCCAAACUCACCUGCCCUGCGACUUUUCUCUACCGUCAGAAGUUUCUACGAUGGCCCUGCAGAGGCCAAAGAAAAUAGGCAACAACUCUUUAUUGCCUCUCCUUCCCCAUCAGCCCAGGUCUCCUGGGGCUUGAUUAGGAGACCAGAGACACAAACCCUGGGCACCCCAGGAUGUUCUUGUUUGGCUGCCAGUGGGAGCUGAAGAGGAGGAUGGCAACCCCCAUGCCUGGGCAGAGGGAAGACUUCAUUCCCCAGGCGCUGCUCAUGUGCUUCUGAACUCCUGGACUGGCACCACCCAUGGCAGCCCCUGUUUGGGCAGAAGUGAAGGCAGAGAGCCCCACAGGGGAAAGAGGAUUCGGGGUCUGGGAGAGAGGAGGACGCACAGAGGCCGCCAUGUUGAAUUCUUCUGGACAGUGCCCAAUGGCCCCCACUUCUCUAUAAGAGUGGGGGAGGGGUUGGAGCAAAUUCUUCACUUUCUGGCCAGAGGAGAGGGGACCCCCUGAAUCUCUCAGAAAGGAUGCCCAGAGACUCAGCCAAUAUUUG